AUGUUCACAGAUGAAACUUCCGAUAAAGAAAGUGAGUACGAAGAUAGAAGCCCGGAGGACAGCCCAAAUAUUACCAAAAAAUCAUUAUCUACGGUAGGCUUUAGAAACAACCCUGAAAACCAAAAUGCUAGGCCCCUUGCGCUACGGGCCACACAAUCUUUUACCGGAGCCGUCGAAGAACUCAGGUUAUGUGGCAACUUCCAAAGAAUAAACUUAUGUAAUAGGAUAAAUGUAAUGUCAGCGCCUAAAAUAGCUGCAGUGUGCCCAUGUGGUUGCCUUCUUCGGCCAGCUACUACUGGACCAUUCAGAACUAGAGAACAGAAUACACUAGCGCUCCAUGUGGUCUCGCCAGAAGUGCUUAGUUACCAUGGCUAUUGCUUUGAACCUAAUCAGAUAGCCAUGUUUUGGAAGAAAGAUUGUAGAAUGUUCUUGUGGAAAGGAAAAGCCAAAAUGAAGAAUGUUAUUCAUGCUGAGUCACACAGAAAGAGCUAA